AUGGCGCUGCCUCCCAAGAACAUGCCAGUACGCCGCCCACGAGAGGAAGAAGAAGAAGUCAGUCCACUGGAGCCACCUAACAUUGAAGCUUGCGUUCUGCCAAGACUAGAGAUGCUCUAUGAAACUUUUGAAGAAGCAAAGAAUUUCUACAAUGUCUAUGCGAAGCACGCGGGUUUUGCUGUCAGGGAAGGCCCCAAGUUUAAGACCAGAGCCUACCUUUAUUGCACGUGCUAUGGAGUCUAUGAAUCGAAGGUGUCUGAAGCAAAUAGACAGCGGAACAAAACGACAGCCAGGACUAACUGCGAGGCUAAAAUGAGGCUGAAGAAGGAAAAGGAUGGAACAUUUUUCGUAAAAGAGAUAGUCUGGGAACACAACCACAGGCUACAGCUCACUCCGAAAAUGCUUGUCUUCAUGCACUUCCACAAAAACUUUGACAAAACAAUCUUGGAGUACGUCAAGUACCUGCAGUUCAAAGGCAUUGAACACGCGCAAAUCAUGAGCAUACUGGGCGGUGAUGACCCUGGUAGCUACUUCCUCGAAAUGCAUGCCAAAGACCUGAUUAACCUGAAAGCAAAGAAUUCAAGGAUGGAUGAUGUGGACGAUGUCCUAAAGACUGUCAACUUCUCUAGGGAGAUGAAAGCUAUAAACAGGGAAUUCUUCUGUGACAUGCAACUCGAUGAGUCUGACAGAGUUAAGAACAUAUUCUGGGCGAAUGCAAGCUGCCGAGGGGCCUAUCAGGACUUUGGUGACUUCGUAACAUUUGACACCACAUAUAAGACCAACAAGUACCAUAUGCCACUUGGGGUUUUUGUCGGUACUAACAACCACUUACAGACUACAUUCUUUGGUUUCGCCCUGAUAAGAGAUGAGGAUGCAUCUUCAUUCAGAUGGUUGUUCAAGACAUUUUUAAGUUCUAUUGGUAUAUAUGCACCACCAUCUGCUGACCACUCCAUGUCUCUUUUCUCAUUACCAGACCAGUGCCCGACAAUGGCUUUGGCGAUCCCAGAUGCUUUCGGGAACACAGUACACAAGUUGUGCCGCUGGCACAUUAUGAAGAAGUACAGGGAACACCUCGCAUACCUGUACUACCUGCACGAAGACUUUAAGGAUGAAUUCACAUCAAUCCUCAACUGGCCCCUCAUGCCAACUGAGUUUGGGGAUGCCUGGAAAGGACUCAUGGAUAGGUACAACCUCCAUGAUGAUGCCAUGAUGGUGGCCAUGUGGAACGAGCAUGAGAAAUGGAUAUCAGCCUACUUCAAAGAAAUUUUAUGCGCCAAAAUGACAUCCACACAGCGAAGUGAGAGCAUGAACUAUGUGCUCAAGAAGAACUUUGUAAGUGAGAGACAAAACCUACACCGGUUUGUCAGCCAGGUAAACUCCUGCGUCAAAACCAGGAGGCAGACAGAGAACCAAGAGACAAUGGGUAACAGGAAGGAACAAAACACGCUGACCUUCUAUGGGUUUGACACCCAGAUGGCAAAGGUUUACUCACGAGCUGUGUACAGCGAGAUCAGAAAAAGGCUAAAGCUGAGCACACUCUUCACGGCGACAGAGACAGAAGAGCCCACAAAGUACCUCGUGCGCUACAACAACCCACAAAAGCUGUCUGCGUGGUCUCAGCACGCGUUCCAGGUGGUUGCAGACCCCGUGGGAGAAACAUAUGAGUGCGAGUGCAGGCUAUGGGACCACACAGGUCUUUUCUGCGUGCAUGUCCUGUGCAUGAUGCAGACAAUUAAGGCUGCCAGAGUUCCAGAGAAAUACAUCCUCAGGAGAUACACCAAACGCCCGAACAUCCAGCCAACAUUCAACAGAAAUGACUUGAGGACAGUAGCGUCAAACAAGGCAUCCCAAUACUGCAUUGAAAGCUCACUGCUGACGCUGAACAUGAGGGUGCACAGAAAAAAAGCCUGA